UCUCUUUAACAUCAUCUGAUCCAGGGGGUAGUGCUCAGUUGGGCCCAGCCCAACAAGAGCAGGAAAUGGAUGUGGAGAGUGAAGAAGCCGAGGCUGAGCUUUCCCAAUCCUCCUGCCCUGCGUAUGCUGAGCUGCUAGAGGUAAUGGAUCGGGCCACGGCGAGGCUCGAGUUACCAUGGAAACGAGCCAAGGAGGUGACGUCGCGAGGUCGCCUCGACGAACGGUAUCUCUCUGGCCAUAGACCUCCAGCUCAAGUGAGCCUUCCUUUCCUUCCUGAUCUCCACACUGAGAUCAAGAAGGAAUGGAAGAGGCCGUUUUCCUCACGCAUAUAUCGGUCUCGGCAUACGAGUUAUGCAAACAUCGAGUCUAUGCGCGAAAGUGGCUAUGGGAUGAUGCCCGCUGUGGAAGAGACGCUAGCCAGCUAUCUCUCUCUGGGGGAGGCAUCAUCUCUCAACCCUCCCUCCUUGCCAUCCGUGCCCCUUCAAGCUACAUCUCGCACGAAUGGCAAGGCAUACGGAACGGCUGAGCUGCGGCGCACCACAGACUUGGCCCUCCGGGCUACUAAGCAGGCAGCCUCUGCCAUGGGCAGAGCGAUGGCUGCUAGGGUGGUGACGGAGCGGCAGCUGUGGGUGAACUUAGCGGACAUCGGGAAGAAAGAAAGGGGCUUUCUUCUCGAUGCCCCGGUUUCGCCCUCUGAACUGUUUGGCACCUCCGUUGAGACGGUGGUCGACAAGUUCAGGGAGGCGAAGUCGCGCUCAGCGGCGUUCAAGUCCUUCAUACCACGAAGGCCCAGGUCUGAGCCCGAACAAACCAGGGGUCCUGGCCCGUCUCGGAUUGAGGAUCAGAGACGGGCGCAGAGGGCUAGUGUCGCGACUCGCGCCCCGCCUCCACCUGUGGGUGGGGGUAGGAGGGGUCGUGGGUCAAGAGGAGGCAGGCGAAACCCGAGGGGUGAGACCUGGGAGAGGCGCCAGCGCUUUCGUCCGGGUCAGAGUAAUACUUAGGUAUUCACUCUCUCCCGCAGGGGGUGCAACAUCUACCCUGUCCUCCCCUUUUCCAAUUCCCCGCUUAUGACCACCAUCUCCAGCUGACCGAGGUUAGCUGUGUAGCGUUUUUCAAACAGUCUCCUACUGGACCCGUGAUGUUUUUGGUGGUUCUAUGGCCAGAUCGUAGUAACCGCCUGACUGAUGGUCCGGUCAGAAAAUCCCGCAACAGCGCUCGUGGUUGGUGAGUAUGAUCCAUAUAUCAUGAGACAUAUUAAUGAGAGACUGAGGUGGUCAUGUGUAAAAAUAACCAUGGAGUGUGCAAGGUUACCUGCAGCGGAUGAUCCGGUCAGAGGAUCCUCGGAGCAUAGCUCCAGCGCAGAAGUCAUGGGGGUGAGUACGAUCCAAAUAUCAUGAUAUCUGUAUAGCGAGGACAGACCGAGAGGGCUGUGUGUGUGUGUGUAACCUUCUAUAGUUCCUUGCAGUGUUUCCCGGGACCUGUACGUUUCUGUCCCUGGCUAGACGCCCUCGAUAGGUGCCGUUGCUGGGCUCAGAAGCCAGGUGCUCUACUUGCAGGCGUGUCGCUCGUCGACAUAUGUCCGAACGGUAAG